AUGCAUAUCAUCCUAACAGGCGCCACCGGUCUGGUCGGCUCUGCAGCCCUCGUCGCGCUGCGAGCCAGACCAGACAUCUCCAAGAUCUCCAUUAUCACCCGCCGCCCAGUGCCCAUGCUGGAAGAGAAUAAGGAUGAUCGUAUUCAAGUGAUUGUUCACGAUUUCAAGGAUUACGAUAGGGCAUUGAAGGAGCGCCUACGCGGUGCUCAAGCGUGCGUAUGGGCAUUGGGAAUCAGUCAGGCCGCUGUAUCAAAAGACGAGUACAUUCACAUCACCAAGACCAUGACACUCGAAGCGGCAAAGGCCUUUGAGCAGCUCAAAUCAGACGAGUCAGACAACUUCAAAUUCGUCUACGUCUCUGGCGAGGGCGCUACUAGCGAGCCUGGUCGAUUCACUGCUUUGUUUGGCCGCGUCAAGGGCGAAACAGAGACCGCACUGAUGGAGAUGGAGGCAAAGAACCCUCAUUUCCGCGCUAUGAUUGUGCGUCCUGCGCUUGUCGACCCACAAGAUCACCAAGCCAUUCUUCCAUGGAUACCGCCAGUGCCCCUUUGGAAGCGCCUGGAAGGAGCUGCUUUAGCCCCCGUUAUUCGAACCUGUUUCAAGGGCCUGCAUAGCCCGACCAAGCCUUUGGGAGAAUUCUUGGCUGGGCUGCCGGUGGGGGCUUGGGAUGGGAAGUUGAAGGGUGAGGGCGUGGAAAUGCAUGGAAAUAGUGUUUUGGUGAAGAAUGUUGGUCUCCGGCGGAUAAUGGGGUUAAAUUAG